AUGGAGCAAGAGUUGUUGGAGCAAUCCACCCUUUUAAAUUCGAGGGAAGACUUUGCCGCGUGGGAGCAACGAUGUGACGAGUUUAUCGAAUCGUUGGAAGAACAAAGCCGAAUUAAACGGCCACGAUUAUCGAUUGGUCUUAAACAGUCGUUGGUCGCUUGUAUCGCAAGACUCGAAAGUUUGAAAGAUUCGGUGUCCGAAAAUUUCUAUGUCGACAUGAAUUCAGAAAGAUUGAAAAGAAUGCUUGGAGGACACAUCGCUUAUAGCGAUGUAAAUACCUUAACUAGAAAAUGCGUUUUGAGCAUCAAUAAACCCAGUCCCGAUUUGUUUCUUGUCGUACGGCUCGAGAAAGUAUUGCAGGGCGAUAUAUCGGAGUGUGCCGAACCAUAUUUACGCAAAGAUAAAAAUAAAGAUAAGGUAGCUGCUACAGCUGCUGCGUGCGAAUGCCUGGGUCGUUAUAGAAUGCCUCUCGCGUGGACUGCAAUUUAUCUGUCUGGUGUAAUCGGAUGCGGUGGUGAUACGGAUAGCACUGCUGGAUUUUUAGACAGAAAGUCGGGCGGUCUGGAACAGUGGCGAAAGAAAGUGGAACCGCCGACGCGACGUGGUUCGCUAGAAAGACGGAGUUUGGAUAAAAGACGUAGUUGGUCGCCGGACGAUUUUGCCAAUUGCCUCGAUAGCUUUAGGUUUGUAUAAUGCUGCAUUUUCCUA